AGACGUAUAAGUGUAUAUAAACACCUCCACAUGAUUUAUAAAAUAAUAAUAUUAUUAAUGAAUUUCAUCAUAAUUUAAAUAUCAAAGUUUUUUAACAAAUAUAUAAACAUUGUGUUAAAAAAUAGUUGUUAAAUAAACAAAAUAAAUAAAAGGAUAUAUUCUUCUAUUAAAAAUAAUAAAAAUAAUAAACAAAUAAAAUGUUGACAAGAUUUUCGCUUGCUAAACGGGCACUUCUCGAUGGUCCUCGAAGAUUCCUGGCAUCUCAAGCAUCUCCAUCAGUGCUUCAAUGUAAAACAAAUAAUAUUCGUGAACAUGAUGUAAUACAUGGUUUUGUUGUUGAUGAAGUUGAACGUAUUAAUGAAAUGUAUUUAGAUGCAAUACGUCUAACACAUAUUGGUACAGGUGCUCAGUAUAUACAUUUAAAUAGAGAUGACAGUAAUAAUGUAUUUUCAUUGGGUUUUCGUACAACUCCAAUGAAUUCAACUGGUCUACCUCAUAUAUUAGAACACAUAACACUAUGUGGAAGUGAAAAAUAUCCAGUAUCUGAUCCUUUUAUGAAAAUGUUACGUAGAUCAAUGGCAACAUUUAUGAAUGCAAUGACAGGUCCUGAUUACACAAUAUAUCCAUUCUCAACACAAAAUCAAAAAGAUUAUAAAAAUUUACAAUCAGUUUAUGCUGAUGCUGUAUUUAAGCCACGUUUAAGAGAAACAGAUUUUUAUCAAGAAGGCUGGCGACUUGAACACACUGAUUUAAAUGAUAAUAAAUCACCAAUUAUUAUCAAAGGUGUUGUAUACAAUGAAAUGAAAGGUGUAUUCAAUGAAAAUCAAUCAAUAUUUUCAGAGAAACUUUUAAAUGCCAUAUUGCCAAGUCAUACUUAUGGUGUAUGUUCUGGUGGUGAGCCACUUGUUAUACCACAAUUAACACAUCAAGCUUUAAAAGAUUUUCAUUCACAGUAUUAUCAUCCAUCAAACUCAAGAAUAUUUUCAUAUGGUAAUUUUCCACUUGAAGAUCAUCUUAAAUUUAUUAAUGACAUGUAUCUCAGCUCGUCACAAAAAAUUGACAUCAGUUCAUCUCGAGUGCCAUCUGAAAAACGCUGGACAACACCGAGACAUGAACAUGUUGCAUGUAGACCAGAUCCAAUGGCUCCUGAUGCAUCAAGACAAAAUUCAAUUGCCAUUGCACAUCUUUGUAAUGACAUAACAGAUAAUCAAGCAACACUUGAACUUCAUAUUCUUUCUGAGCUGUUGUUAAAAGGACCAACAGCAGCAUUUUAUAAAAGUUUUAUUGAAAGUAAUCUUGCUACUGGAUUUGGACCAUUUACUGGCUAUGAUUCACAAUUAAAAGAUACCAUUUUUUCUGUUAGUCUUCAAGGUGUACGUUCAGAAGAUUUUGAUAAAAUUGAAAAAACUUAUGAUGAAACAGUACAACAAGUUAUUGAUAAUGGUUUUGAUAAAGAUCACAUUGAAGCUGUUUUACAUGGAAUUGAAUUGAGAAUGAAACAUCAAACUUCAAGCUUUGGUAUGAAUCUAUUGUUUAGUCUUACAUCAAUUUGGAAUCAUGAUGGAGAUCUUAUUGAAUCAAUGAAAAUUAAUAAAUCAAUUAAAAAUUUAACUGAAAAAAUUGAAAAUAAUCCAAAAUAUUUAAAUAAUCUUGUUGAAAAAUAUUUCUUAAAAAAUACACAUAAAUUAGUAUUGACAAUGUCACCAGAAGAAGAUUAUGAUGUUAAAUUUUCAAUGGCUGAAGAAAAAGUACUAAAUGAUAAAUUAAAAGAAUGUACUCAAGAAGAACGUGAAAAAAUUUUUGAAGCUGGUAAAUUUUUACGAGCUGAACAAGAAAAAAAAGAAGAUCUUUCAAUUUUACCAACAUUAAAAGUAACAGAUAUCAAGGAAGAUGUCGAUAGAUAUGACACAGAUGAUGUUAAAAUUGUUGAUAUUCCAGUUCAAAUAUCCAUUCAACCAACAAAUGGUGUAUCAUAUUAUCGUGGAAUUCUUGGUACUAAUGAAUUGUCAAAUGAGCUUAAACAAUUAAUUCCAAUUUUCACUAAUGUCAUUGCAAAAAUGGGAACUAAAAGUCAUAAUUACAGAGAGUUUGAUCGUUUGUGUCAAUUAAAAACAGGUGGUCUUAGUUUUUCUAGUCAUGUUGCUGAAGAUAAAAAUAGUAUAUCUAAAUAUGAAGAAGGUAUAAUAAUAUCAUCAUAUUGUCUUGAUAAUAAUGCUGAUAAAAUGUGGAAUCUCUGGACAGAAUUAUUUAAUGAAGUUGAUUUAAAUGAUUACAAACGUUUUGAAACACUUGUAAAAACAAUUGCUGGUGAUUUAUCAAAUGGAAUUGCUGAUUCAGGUCAUCAUUAUGCUAUGAGUAGUGCAGCUGGUCUUGUUUCACCAGCAGCAAGCUUUAAAGAGUCUAUAGGUGGUUUAGAAUAUGUUGGAAGAAUGAAAAGAAUAGCUCAAGAAAAAAGUCUCAUGCCAGUAUUAGAAAAAAUUCAAGAAAUUCGUAAUAGAAUUUUUAAUAAAUCAAAUUUAAGAUCAGCUAUUAAUUUGUCUGGUGAUAAUAAAGACAAAGUUUUGGCUGGUAUGAGUGGUUUUUAUUCUUCACUCAAUGGAAAUUAUCAAGGUUCAAUUCAAAUGACUGAUGGACAAAUUGAACAAAACAAUGAAGUUGGUAUUCAUCAUAUUAUGCCUUACACAACAAAUUACUCAUCCAAAGCAAUUUCAACAGUACCAUAUACACAUGAAGAUUAUCCAGCAUUAAAAAUUCUUGCUAAAAUUAUAAGCACAGCAUAUCUUUUGCCUGAGGUACGUGAAAAAGAAGGUGCAUAUGGAUCUGGUGCUUCAUUGUCAUCUGAAGGUGUAUUUUUAUUCUAUUCAUUUAGAGAUCCAAAUUCAACCAAGACAUUUGAUACAUUUGAUCGAACAUAUGAUUUUGUUAGAACCUAUGAUUUUAAACAAACUGAUUUAGAUGAAGCUAAACUUGGUGUAUUCCAACAAAUUGAUUCACCAGUAUCACCUGGUAAUCGUGGUUUACUUAAAUUCACCUAUAACAUUACUGAUGAUGACGUUCAAGCUCAAAGACUUAAAUUAAAAGCUGUAACACGUGAAGAUAUUCUUCGUGUAGCUGAAAAAUAUUUAUUACCUGGUGCUCCAGGAAUUAGAGUUGGUCGAGCAAUGAUUGGUGCUCCAAAUGCUGAUUUAUUAUCUAGAAAAACAGAAAAUUGGCAUGUAAUUUCACAAGAAGAAGAUAAUGAAUUACGAGCUGCUGAAUAAAUAUUAAAUUAUUAUUAAAAUUGUUUUUUUUUAAAUAAAUAAAAAAAUUGUGAUUUUUUAAAAA